CGCCCCCUUUUCUUCAGACUUUUUCUAGCUCUUACGGUAGAAUGUCGUCGCGAAAUUUUUCUCGUGGUCCAAGGGACCCACGUGCCGAACACGUUGAUUCUCGCGUCGACUAUUUCGCAAACGGGCGAUUUUAUGAGUUAGACAGUUGGGAUCGUUCCCGUUCAGUUUUUGAUAAUCGCACUCGUUUCCGCUCGGACGACAGGGAGAGAUUUUGUUACCCUAGCUUUCGUGAGAGAUCGCCUUUGAGGCGUCCACGGUACGUCGAUCCGAAUGUUCAGUAUCCGCCUGUUCAGUAUCCGCCUGUUCAGUAUCUUGACGAGGGCGACAUUCGGGGCCCACCGGCUGAUCAAGACUUUUACAUUCGUGAUCCUGCUAGUGCUUAUGACGCGUAUUUCGAGUGUGACUAUGACCCCCGAUCCUACCCGACUCACAGUGAAGCUGAGCCAGAGGAUGAGUAUUACAGUGAUACCCCAAGAGAAGACGACUGGGCUGAGUACGAUCACGCGGGGGCAAUUGAUCGCGGUCGCCCUUGGCGCCCGCAAACUGGCGUUCGUUUUACGACGGAUCAGUCGCCGAUAUCCGUCGAGUUACCGACCCUCUCAGAAGAAGCGCAGUCAGUGGCAGGCCCAUCCAAUGGUAAUCAGGGCUCAGAUCCUAGGCGGGUGGAAGACGUAGUUGCCGUCAUCAACGCUUCGUCUCCACCAGUGGUACCCAAAGCAAUCUGUGAUGAAAUAGCGUCACUUUUAUCCGUCGGCGUUUCAACCGAACAGUCCAAGUUGACUUCAAAAGAAUUCCCACUAGUGUACGAGGUGAGUGACUUCUCACUUAUGCCUCCCAAGCUGGAUGCAUGGAUGAGUCGCCGAUCUAAGGAUAAAGGCGUUUUGAAAGCGGUCAAUGUAAAGGAAGAAGCUUUAAUUAGAACCCAGCUGAAAAUCAUGGACAUCGGUCCCCCUUUGAUUGACCUUUAUGCUCGGCUGGCUAAAAUGGAAGAGGCUACGACAAGUGAUAUGCGCCGCUCGGUCCAGGCGGCCUUGCAGCAGUGGGGUCGUGCUUUUGCCCACGUUUCAAAGAAACGUCGGGAGUCUGUUGUGCAUUUUACGGACCCCAGAGUGGAAUACCUUUUGAAAGACGAUAGCUGCUUUGCUACCGAGCGAGAGGACGGAGAGGAGGGGGCGAUCCCAGAGGCGGUCGCGGACGCGGGAAUCCCAACCCAAGAAGCGCACCCCAUCGUAUCGAUUAGUCUUAAAGUGGGCGCUCGAUUAAGUGUUUUCGCUGACAAAUGGUCAGAAAUUACCGACGAUCCCUGGGUUUUGAAGACGAUAUCUAACGGCCUUAAGAUCGAUUUUUUGUCAGAACCAUUCCAGCGCUCAUCACCGCGUGAUGUGGUAAUGUCAGACGAGAUGCGAGCUGUUUGCCAGACGGAAAUUGCGAGUUUAUUGAAAAAAGGGGCGGUUAAAGAGAUCACUGACGAGUGGGGUUUCAUUUGUUCUUUCUUUUGUGUACCGAAGAAGGUUGAUGGUUUCAGACCGAUCGUCAAUUUGAAACCACUGAACAAGUUCAUAAAAUACGAACAUUUUAAGAUGGAAAACCUAGAAACCGUUCGUUCUUUGGUCAGGAAGGGGGAUUGGUUCGUUAAAUUAGAUUUAAAGGAUGCGUAUUUAACGGUACCGGUCUACUGUCCCCAGCAGAAGUUUCUUCGCUUUAAAUGGGAAGGGCGUGUUUUUCAAUUUAAAUGUAUGGCAUUUGGUCUCGCGCCCGCCCCAAGAAUUUUCACCAAAAUCCUAAAAGUAGUGGUAGCCUUUUUUAGGAAGCAGGGAAUAAGGCUAGUAGUAUACCUUGACGACUUUUUGGUUAUGAACGAAACCGAGAACGGUACGCGCGCAGAUUUGAAAACCGUACUAGACCUAUUAAAUGCAUUAGGUUUUUUAAUCAAUUGGGACAAAUCCGUCACCGUUCCAACUCAAACGAUUGAAUAUUUGGGAAUGGUAGUUGAUUCCAAUAGAUUGUCUUUCUCACUGCCUUCGGCAAAGGUAGAAGACGUUAAGAAUAUGUGCAGAAAAGCACUGGCGGAUGGCAUAGUUUCGCUACGCACCAUCGCUUCCAUUCUCGGAAAUUUUACGUGGGCCAUCCCGACAAUUCCUUUCGCGCAGUCACAUUAUAGAAGCAUGCAACGCUUUUAUAUCACUGAGUCCCAGAAGGUACGUAACGACCUUAGCGUAAAGCUUACGCUUUCCCCUGGAUCUGUUGCUGACUUGGAGUGGUGGCUUUUCAACCUGGAAAGCUCAAACGGGAAGGAUUUUUUCCCUCGAAGUCCCGAUAUCGAGAUUUUUUCCGACGCCUCGUUAUCCGGCUGGGGGGCGGUUUGCGACGGUGUUACAACACGAGGCCCAUGGACAUCAGAACAAGCGGAUCUCCAUAUUAAUAGCCUCGAGCUCCUUGGAGCUCUAUAUGCGCUGCAAUCAUUUGCAGAAAAAGCCCGAGGUCUUUCCAUUCGAAUGUUUUUGGAUAAUUCCACAGCCGUCUGUUACAUGAACAAGGGGGGGACAAGAUCAAGUGAGCUGACAGCCGUUGCGAAGUCACUGGUUGAAUUUUGUGAGCAAAGAGACCUAAAGAUCGAGGCGGUUCAUCUUCCUGGAGUGAUGAACGUGGAGGCAGAUAGGGAAUCGCGAGCGGCUGGAGAUACAAGCGAUUGGAAGUUGAAACAUUCGGUAUUCAAUGAGCUUCAAUUAAUAUGGCCGGUAGAUAUAGAUCUCUUCAGCUCGCACUGGAACACUCAGCUACCAUUGUUUGUUUCCUGGCGUCCGCAACCAGGCGCCGCCGCCGUUAAUGCCUUUUCGCUAAACUGGCUUAACCAUUCCGGUUAUGCAUUCCCGCCAUUCUCUUUAAUACCUAAAUGUUUGGAGAAGCUCAGGAGGGAAAAGGCUAAUUUACUUAUGAUUUGUCCAGUCUGGCCAUCUCAACCAUGGUUUCCGGUCCUCCUGGAAUUGGCAUGCGACGUCCCGAUCCUUCUUGUUCCUUCUCACGAUCUGCUGAAAUCAGCAACGGGCGAGACGCACCCUCUGUUGUUAACCGGCUCGCUACAGCUAGCCGCUUGGAAAUUAUCCGGCGAUAUUUCCGACGGGAGGGAUUUUCGGAGUCGUUGGUCGAACUUCUCUUGGCCGGUAACCGCACCAAUACGCACUCGACAUACGAGUCGGCUUGGAGAAAUUGGAGCGAUUGGUGUUUUUCAAGGAACGAAAAUCCCUUGUCGGUCCCUCUAG